CCGGCUCACAAACCACAACUUGGGUUGCGCCUUCGACAGAAACCAGUUUAGAAAACCCCCGGUCGAAGAGCGAGAGGAAGGUCUGGUGCGUGUCACCUUCUGAGCCGCCAAAUAAAGCGCUCUCACCGUGCGCACUUUUGGAAGACAGCGUUGACUGCGCGGUGCAUCCCGAGUUUCUGCGACGCGUCAUUGCCGCUGCACACCGAGCCCACGAGACGCCGUGUACGCGGUUUGCUUUCGACUCCUCGUUUUUGGACUUUUGGCGGAGGGGGUGGGGGGGGGGCUUCGUUUUGGUGCGCGCGAUGAUGGCCACUUACCAGAACCCGGAGGACGACGCGAUGACCCUGAUGAUCCACGACACCAACGCCGCGAAGGAGAAGGAGCGACCCAAGGAGGAGCCGCCGCAGGAGAAAGCCCCGGAGAAAGCGGACCCGUCCCAGAAGCCGCCGUACUCCUACGUCGCCCUCAUCGCCAUGGCGAUUCGGGAGAGUUCCGAGAAGCGGCUCACGCUGUCCGGCAUCUACCAGUACAUCAUCACCAAGUUCCCCUUUUACGAGAAAAACAAAAAGGGAUGGCAGAACAGCAUCCGGCACAACCUGAGCCUCAACGAGUGCUUCAUCAAGGUGCCGCGGGAGGGCGGCGGGGAGAGGAAGGGGAACUACUGGACGCUCGACGCGGCCUGCGAGGACAUGUUCGAGAAGGGGAACUACAGGAGACGGCGCCGGAUGAAGCGGCCGUUCAGACCUCCGCCGACGCACUUCCAGCCGGGGAAGUCGUUGUUCGGGGGAGACGGCUACGGCUACCUGUCCCCGCCCAAGUACCUGCAGUCCAGCUUCAUGAACAACUCCUGGUCGCUAGGCCAGCCGCCCGCCCCGAUGCCCUACACGUCCUGUCAGAUGGGCGGCGGCAACGUGAGCCCGGUGAACGUGAAGGGGCUGUCGGCGCCGUCCUCUUACAACCCUUACUCCCGGGUACAGAGCAUGGCGCUCCCCGGCAUGGUGAACUCUUACAACGGCAUGGGUCACCAUCACCACCCCGCGCAUCCCCACCAUGCGCAGCAGCUGAGCCCGGCCGCGGCGGCCCCGCCUCCGGUCUCAUCCGGCAACGGAGCGGGCCUCCAGUUCGCUUGCUCCCGUCAGCCGGCGGAGCUCUCGAUGAUGCACUGCUCUUACUGGGAACACGAGAGCAAACACUCGGCGUUACACACGAGGAUUGAUAUUUGAUAAGUUUACCGGAAUGGCCGCUCUGUCAAAAAACAAAAAAAAACAAAACAAAAAAAAGGUUAAAAAUUAAUGAGGAGUCUCGAGAGGAAGAAGAGCCAAUUCCCGUGAUUUCAAAAAACAGAACCAAGAGUAUUUUCUUUUUCUCUCUGAAGGGACCGUUCUCGACGGGCUGCGUUGGUCCAGCUGACACGCGUGCGUGCCGAUGGAGAGUUAUGCGCUAUUGAUGUGGAAAGAGUUUGACUAAAUGGAAUCGAGGGGAGGGGGUGGGGGGGGGGGAGAGACCAGGUAGCACGACCUCUGGGAGCCAUUUCGUGCGCCUCGCAUUCAUCUUUGGACUGAUGGCCAUAACGCGGCAUUGUUGUCCUAAUUGUGCCUUUUUAUGAAACCGUUUUGUUUUCACGCGCACGGACU